AUGGCUGAAGGAAAUAGCACCUGGGUGGCAGAAUUCAUUCUUUUGGGCUUUUCAGUACAUAGAGAGAUUGAAAUUACUCUCUUUCUGCUCAUUUUAGCAGUAUAUGCUCUAACUUUGGUAGGAAACAUUGGGAUGAUUUCUUUAAUCAGGUUGGAUUCUCGACUUCACACACCCAUGUACUUUUUCCUCAGUAACCUGGCCUUUGUAGACCUUUGUUAUUCCUCAUCAGUAGCCCCCAAGUUCCUGCAGACCCUCCUGACCAAGCACAAAUCUAUAUCUUUCUAUGAAUGUGCAACACAGCUGGGUUUUUUCUGCUCAGACACCCGCCUCAAAGAGAUCCCGAUUUUCAUCUUUGCUGGAUUCAACAUGAUCAGCUCACUAACCACCAUCCUUAUUACUUACUUGUACAUUGUGGCUGCUGUUUUGAGAAUCCAGUCUGCAGAAGGGAGGUGUAAGGCUUUCUCAACGUGUGCCUCUCAUCUGACUGCUGUGACUAUAUUCUACGGAACUCUGAUAUUCAUAUAUCUGCAGCCAAAAGCAAACCAUUCCCUUGACACAGACAAAAUGGCCUCUGUGUUCUACACAAUGGUCAUUCCCAUGCUGAACCCCAUGAUCUACAGCUUGAGGAAUCAAGAGGUAAAGAAUGCUCUGAGAAAAGCCAUUGAAAAAGUCAUGUCCUGCAUCUAA